AUGGAGAAGAGCAAUGUAGUGUGCAAUCCCAUUGUGCCAGGUUGUAAAAUGCAUAGAGAUGAAGACGGGGUCAGAGUUGAUGAGACACUUUACAAACAAAUAGUGGGGAGUCUCAUGUAUAUCACUGCCACUAGACCUGAUAUGAUGUUUGUUGUGAGUUUAAUAAGUCGAUACAUGGCUAGGCCAACUGAGCUGCAUAUGCAGGUUGCAAAGAGAGCAUUGAGAUAUGUAAAGGGCACAAUGAAUUAUGGGAUAUUCUACAUUAAGGGAGGAGCUGAAGAGCUUAUGGCGUUCACAGAUAGUGAUUAUGCUGGAGAUGUGGAAGAUAGGAGGAGCACUUCUGGUUAUGUCUUCUUGAUGGGUGCAGGAGCAGUAGCAUGGUCUUCCAGAAAGCAACCUUUAGUUGCUCUCUCGACCACAGAAUCAGAGUUCGUGGCAGCUGCAACUUGUGCUUGUCAGGGGGUCUGGAUGAGAAGAAUAUUGAAGAAGUUGGGAUACUCUCAAGAAGGUUGCACCAUAGUGAAGUGUGAUAACAGUUCAGCCAUUAAGCUCUCUAAAAAUCCAAUCAUGCAUGGUCGCAGCAAGCACAUUGAUGUGCGUUUUCAUUUUUUGAGGGAUCUCACUAAAGAUGGGGUUGUUGAACUUGUGCAUUGUGGGACUCAAGAUCAAGUGGCAGACUUGAUGACUAAGCCACUGAAGUUGGAUGCAUUUCUGAAGUUGAGAAAGCUGCUGGGUGUUCAAGAAGUACCUGGGAUAAACUAA